AUGUCGGCUCGACCAGAGUUGAAGGUCGAUGACGAACACGGUUUCAUCCGGUUCUUCAAGUCUCUGCCAGCUCUGGACGAUGAUACGAUCCGGAUAUUCGACCGAGGAGACUGGUACACGGCUCACGGGGAGGAUGCCAACUUCAUUGCGAGAACGGUCUACAAGACUACCUCUGUGGUUCGACAACUCGGUCGCAAUGAUCACACCGGCCUUCCCUCCGUCACAAUGACUAUUACAGUCUUCCGUCAAUUCCUCAGAGAAGCCCUGUAUAAGUUGGGCAAGCGUGUCGAGAUAUACGCCAGCAGUGGUGGCCGUAUGAAUUGGAAGAUUGUAAAGCAAGCAUCACCAGGUAACUUGCAAGACGUUGAAGAGGAUCUCGGUGGUCAAUUUGAGUCCGCUCCAAUGAUCCUUGCCGUGAAGAUUACAGCGAAAGCAUCAGAGGCAAGAAAUAUUGGUGUUUGCUUCGCAGAUGCCAGCGUCCGAGAACUCGGAGUAAGCGAGUUCCUUGACAAUGAUCUGUACUCUAACUUUGAGGCCCUUCUCAUUCAACUCGGCGUCAAGGAGUGCUUGAUCCAGGCCGACAAGGCCGACAAGGACAAAGACCCUGAGCUGACAAAGCUCAAGCAAAUCAUCGAUAAUUGCGGCGUUGCCAUAUCGGAACGGGCCGUGGGAGAGUUCGGCGUGAAAGAUAUUGAGCAAGAUCUGACAAGGUUACUGAAAGAUGAGCGUGCUGCGACAUUGCUGCCCCAGACCGAUCUCAAGCUCGCCAUGGGCUCUGCGGCUGCUCUGAUCAAAUAUCUUGGCGUCAUGCACGAUCCCUCGAACUUUGGUCAGUACCAACUGUAUCAGCAUGAUCUGUCACAUUUCAUGAAGCUGGACGCAGCAGCGUUGAAGGCACUUAAUCUCAUGCCUGGUGCCAGGGAUGGCUCAAAGACAAUGAGUCUAUAUGGACUGCUGAAUCACUGCAAGACGCCAGUAGGAAGCAGGCUGCUCUCACAAUGGCUGAAGCAACCCCUUAUGAGCAAGGAUGAGAUUGAAAAGCGGCAACAACUCGUCGAGGCUUUUGUCAAUGACACUGAACUUCGACAAACGAUGCAGGAGGAACACCUCCGGUCGGUGCCAGAUCUCUACAGACUGGCCAAACGCUUCCAAAGGAACAAGGCCAACCUUGAGGACGUAGUCAGGGCAUACCAGGUGGUAAUCAGACUGCCCGGGUUCCUUGGCACGUUAGAGGGAGUGAUGGACGAGACUUAUCGAGAUCCAUUAGAUGCAGCAUACACUACCAAGCUCCGAGAGCUAUCCGAUAGUCUCGUCAAGCUCCAGGAGAUGGUAGAGACUACGGUUGAUCUUGAUGCUCUGGACAAUCAUGAGUUCAUCAUCAAGCCAGAGUUUGAUGAUAGCUUACGCAUCAUCCGCAAGAAACUUGAUCGACUUCGCUCCGAUAUGGACAGAGAAUUCUCCGAAGCAGCUCGUGACUUGGGUCAAGAAAGGGAAAAGAAGAUCUUCCUCGAAAACCACAAGGAGUGCUCGACACAGAAGAAUGGCGUUUACUUCACUACCAAGAAUCUACAAGCACUUCGUCGCGAGUUUGAUCAGCUGUCUCAGACUUAUAACAAAACUCAGAGUGGCUUGGUCAACGAAGUCGUGGGUGUGGCAGCGUCAUACUCUCCGGUCUUGGAGAGGCUGGCAGGUGUUCUAGCUCAUUUGGAUGUCAUCGUCUCAUUUGCCCAUUGUUCAGUUCAUGCUCCUGUCUCAUACGUCCGGCCCAAGAUUCACCCUCGUGGAGAAGGCCAGACAGUCUUGAAGGAGGCUCGUCAUCCGUGCAUGGAGAUGCAAGACGAUGUCCAGUUCAUAACCAACGACGUUGAGCUGACUCGGGAUAAGUCAUCAUUUCUGAUCAUUACUGGACCAAACAUGGGUGGAAAGUCGACCUAUAUCCGUCAGAUUGGCGUUAUCGCCCUCAUGGCACAGGUUGGCUGUUUCGUACCAUGUGGCGAGGCGGAGUUGACUAUAUUUGACUCGAUCCUUGCUCGUGUUGGGGCCAGUGACUCUCAGCUCAAAGGUGUUUCCACCUUCAUGGCCGAGAUGUUAGAAACGGCGAACAUUCUGAAAUCCGCAACUGCCGAAUCUCUAAUCAUUAUCGAUGAGCUUGGCCGUGGUACGUCCACCUACGACGGCUUUGGCUUAGCAUGGGCGAUUUCGGAGCACAUCGUUAAGGAGAUUCGUUGCUUCGCUUUGUUCGCCACGCAUUUCCACGAGCUCACCGCGCUUGCGGACCAGUACCCCCAAGUCACCAAUCUCCAUGUGACGGCACACAUCAGUGGCACUGGCAACGGAAACGAGAACGACAAGCGCGAGGUUACCCUUCUCUACAAAGUUGAGCCAGGCAUCUGCGAUCAAAGCUUUGGUAUCCACGUGGCAGAGUUGGUACGCUUCCCAGACAAGGUGGUGAGGAUGGCGAAGCGUAAGGCCGACGAGCUUGAAGACUUCACAACGAAGCAUGACGAGACCCUUGGCAUGCAGUACAGCAAGAAGGACGUUGAAGAAGGCAGUGCCUUGCUCAAGGAGGUCCUGGUCAAGUGGAAAGAUGAAGUCAAGGGUGGAGAGAUGACCAAGGAGGAAAUGGUUGCUAAGAUGAAGGAGCUGGUCGCAGCUGAUGAGAAGCUGCUCGCAAACCCCUUCUUCCAAUCGGUCAAGGCACUGUAG